UAUGUCCUCCAAUCUGAGCUGCACUAAGCCACACUGUUUCAUCUAGAUCUAUCCGGGCUGAUGAGAGCCUCUCGUCUUUCUGGGUCUGCUGCAGCUGCUGUGCACAGACUUCACCAAAAGGCAGGUUAUUGUGGACUGAAGACAGCGAUCUGCCUCACAGAGAGACAGGCCUUCACAUCAUGUUGUUGGUGAUGCUUUGUGAACUGGGAACCAGAAUUCAAUGAAUUUUUAAACGUUCAUGUUUGUGGAAUGGUUUUAUCAUCAUGAUAUCCACAUGGGUGUCAGUGAUUGUCAUGCUGGUGGCAUUUGUGAAUGGAGCCAGAAACAAGGAUGACAUACAGCCAUGUGCGAAGGUCCAGACGUCCAGCUCAACGGUGCCUUUGGGGUCACCUGUCACAGCCACCUGUGUCAUUAGAGAUGACUGCCCUCUGGUCAUUGGACAAGCUGUUCAUAUUGAGUGGCGCCUUGGCGAUCAUUUUCUUCCCAGCAGCCCUGUGGCUGCUGAGAGCGGCAGGAUUUCCGAGGUUGUUAUACCAAGCUUCAAUCACACCAAGGCAAUCCUCACUUGCUGUGUCCAGGCCUCACCCAUUCAAAUAGUAGGAGGAGUGGAGAUCAGAGCUGGAUAUCCACCACCAGCACCCCAAAACCUCAGCUGUCAGACAAACCUCACUACCCCAAAUACCUUGACCUGUAACUGGGACCCCAGGCAGCAGGACACCCACCUCCUCACGAAGUACAUCCUCUUCACAGAGAUAUGGGAUUCAAAGGAGAACCACACUUACAAUCUGCCACCAGGAGUCAACCACUUCACAAUCCCUCGCUCUGACUUUGUCCUGUUCUCAGACAUGGAAAUAUAUGUGAAAGCUGUGAAUGAACUUGGAGAGGCAACCUCAGCACACAUCACAUUGGAACCUGUCAGUGCAGCAAAGUUUGACCAACCAAAGAUUCUGAAGGUUGAAGCAGUUCCUAAAAGGUAUGGCUGCCUAAAGCUAAGGUGGUGUUUAUCCCAGCACCAGGCCUGGAUGCAUAGCUACUACCUGAUCCUGGAAGUCCGACUUAAGACCGCUGAUAGCAGCCAAUGGAAUGAACCAAUCCUUGUGGACCGUGUCAAGCCAAUGAGACCUGUGGACCAGUGUCGUCUCCUCCAUGGGACUCAGUAUCUUGCCCAGAUCAGAGUCAGAUACCAGCAAAGUCCGUGGAGUGAAUGGAGCAGCAGCCAGUCUGGGGUCACCUUGGAGAGUGCUCCCACUGGACGCCUAAACUCGUGGAUGAAGGUAUCUGGGAAUCACGCGCACCAACAACUCAACAUACACUUGUUUUGGAAGCCAUCAAAACAAUUCCGCGCCAAUGGCCAAAAUGUGUCAUAUAUUGUCUCACUGCAAAAAGCGCCAGUUGAAAGGGGUCGGGUGUGCUCUACUACAGGGAAUUACUGUGCUUUCCAGCUCCCUGGGAGAGCAAAGAAAGUGUAUCUGAGUGCUGUAAAUGCAGCAGGGAAAUCCCCCUCGACUGAAGUUCGUAUUUACCAACCUGAAGAUCGUGCUGUGAUAUCAGACGUUAGAGCCAUUCCUCAAGAUGACAGAUCCCUACUGGUCCAGUGGAGAAGACUGGUUUCUUCAAGUCUCACCGAUUAUGUGGUGGAAUGGAGACCUUUGUUAAAAACAGACCUUUCCCUCAUCCAGUUUGAAAUUGCUGACAGGAACCAGUCGAGCCUUGCCAUAACAGGCAGCUUUGAGCCAUACAAGCCCUAUGGGAUCUCUGUGUAUCCUAGGUUUAAGGAUGGGAUAGGCCUUCCUCAGACUGUUAAUGCCUACUCUAGACAAAAGGCGCCAUCUGUGGUCCCAAAAAUAAGAAUUAAGAAGACAUGGCAGUCUCAUAUUGAGCUUACCUGGGAUGAAAUACCUUUAGAUCAAAGGAACGGAAUUAUCCAGAACUACAAAGUCGUCUACCGGGAUAAGAAGGGACCCAUUAACAUGGUGAAUGCGGACCUGGAGGAGAGGAGGGUGAUCCUCAGAGACCUCAACACAUUGUCUCUAUACGAAGCUUUCCUGAUGGUUAGCACACUCAGUGGGAGCCGGAAUGGGUCAACAAUUCAUUUUGAAAUUGAGCCCUUUGAUGCGGUUGCUGUUGUGAUGAUUGUGACUGCAUCUGGUGUUGGACUGUCAUUGAUGAUUAUUUUUGUUGUCAUGACUUGUUUCUCCAACCACAAAAGGCUGAAGGUACGUUUCUGGCCAGCUGUUCCAGAUCCAGCAAAUAGCAGCAUCAAAAGAUGGACUUCAGACUCAACACGGGAUACCAGCCUUUCCUUGGACGCUGAUGAGCCAAAUCCAAUAUACCUGUCCCACCUCAGCUUCCUGGACCUACCUAUGAAACUAAAUAAACAGGAUGAUGACCUGUGGUUAAACAGUGCAGAGGACACCAGUGAUCUCGGAGACUCCAUUUGUGGUUCACCCUUCAUCCCUGGCUACUCUGGUUCAAACAGCGACUCUGUUCCCUAUGCUACUGUGAUCUUCUCUGGUGCUUGCACAAGCAGGCCACCCAAAGAGCCUCAUCAUGUCUACCUGCGAUCUGAGUCCACACAGCCCCUUUUGGAGACAGAAGAAUCCUUUAGUCCAAAGUGCUACCAGAAUAUGGCAGCUGAUGGGAUGACAAGGGAGCAGUGUUUUUUUGGUCCAUGUGAUAAUGAUGGGCCUGAAGAAGGAACAGAUCAAGUUAUUCUUUGGGAUGACUUUCCUUUUCUUCAAGCAUUAGCCAUGAAUGAUACUCAAAAUGACUAAAAGUAAUUCGCUGAUUAUUAGAGCUACAACGAUUAAUUGAUUAGUUGAUUGACAGAAAAUUAAUCAGCAACUAUUAUGAUCAUUGAAUAAUCACUUAGGCCCUUUUUAAAGUAAAAAUUCGCAAAAUUUGAUGGACGCAGGUUCUCAAAUUUGAGUAUUUGCUGCUUUUCCUUGUCUUAUAUUACAGAAUAUCUUUGAGAAUAUCUUUUUGAGGGGUUUUGAGCUGUUUUUCGACAAAGUACUGUAAGACCUUUGAUGACGUCACUGUUGACUGUAAGAAACUGUGUUAGACAUUUUUCACUGUUUUGAUGGUUUAUAGACCAAAAUGAUGAUGAAUCAAUUAAUCAAAAAAAUAAGAUUAAUCGAUAAUGAAAAUAAUUGUUAGUGGCAGCCCUUCUGAUUGUAAGAGUAGCCACUGUGCAAGAUUUUGAUGCAGAUUUCAGUUUGUAUAAUGAGCCUCUUGUGGUGAUCCAGCUAAGCACACAGCUAUAUAUUCCUGCUAGAUUCAAUGCUGCAAUGACUUUAAUAUUUGAUGAUUAUGAUGCUUUGUCUAUACCGCACUGUGCAGAUAUAUCCUCUCUUUGUAAGAAAAUAUUCUUACUGAAGAACAUUUUUUAAGGUUGAAAUGUUACUUUUGUGGGUUAUAUGUGAACUUGUUUUCUAAAAUACUUAUAAUGACAAGGGAACAACAGCUUCUUAUAAUAAAAAAUA